CGCGUCGUGAACACUUCUAAAAUAAAAUAAAAUAAAAACCAAUUCGAGCGCGUUCACUGACGUAUUUCAUUUCAUUACAGCCUCGUCACUGUUAAAAAUGAAUCGAUCAACAAUCAAUCAAUUUACUGGCGACCAAAUGUGAUGGGAGCCAUUUUGGUUUACAUGCCCGAAUUAUUUCAGCAAAACCCCAAAUUCCCUUCUCAGACAUGGUAAAAUACGCUGUUACCAUAAUCGCAAAUCAAUCAAUGAACAAGUUGAAUGGCCUGGGAUACCACCAUAUUUGACCAUAUUCUCAAAAACACGAACCAAAUGUAUCAUCCAACGAUUCAAUAAUCAGUUCGAAUUGGCAGAAUACACGCAGUCAAUAAUCACAAGUACAACCACCAAAAAAUGGGGGUGACGGCCAACGGUCCGCCUCAGCAGCCUGGCUUUACAUGGCGCAACACCUCAUCCAUGCUCAUAGGCUUGUCUGUCGCCGUCUCGAAAGGUUUCCUCUAUGGCCUCAACAAGGUAGAGACCAUAGGCCUGGAGAGAUUCGUUGAGCUUCUCGAUCAGAGGAGAGAUGUUCAGAAGCGCACAAAAGGCUUGAUAACUGCCAUCAUCGCCGUCGGCCAAAGUGUCCUGACCACAUUCUUCAACCUCGGGAAAACCCUCCCGACAUACCGGUUCAGGCACUCACCAUACGGAGGCCUGUUCCAACCCACCAUGUCCGACGCCAUCCGCCUCCUUUCGUCGGAGCAGCACGGCCUCAAGUACCUCAUUCCACCACCACCACCACCAUCACCAAGCGGCGACCACCCCACCACCUCAGGUAUCCCCCUCCAGUACCCCCCAGCGCCCUCGGACCCGGGCUCUCCCACGCCGUCCUACCGCCCCUGGGACCGACACGGCUGGGUGCACAUCUUCCCCGAGGCGUGCGUGCACCAGCACCCGGAGCGCGCCCUGCGCUACUUCAAGUGGGGCGUGGCGCGCCUCGUGCUCGAGAGCGGGCCCGAGCCGCCCGACGUCGUGCCAAUGUUCAUCGACGGCACCGACCGCGUCAUGCACGAGGACAGGGGGUUCCCGCGCUUCCUGCCGCGCAUCGGCCGCCGCGUCCGCGUCGUCUUUGGCGAGCCCCUCGACUUUGACCUGGCCUUUGGAGACCUCAAGCGCAAGUGGGACGCCCUCGUCGCCGAGGCCGCUGCCGCGGCGGCAUCUCGCGCAGCCGCCGCUGAUUCGUCCCGCCGCUGGAUCGUGCCCUUCCCUGCCGAACCCGUCGACCUCGAGCACGGCGACGAGGCCCGCGCCAUCAGGGUCGAGGUGGCCAAGAGGAUACGUGACGAGGUCCUCAAGCUCCGCCGCGGUCUCGGGUAUCCCGACCAAGAUCCCAAAAUGGGCCUGGCCGAGACGUGGGCCAGAGAGCCUGGCGUUGGCUAUACUUAUAAAAGUCAUGUGGAUGGGAGCAAGGUCAAUGAGAAGUUGUGA